AUGAUAAGAUCAACUACAGCUACAACUACAACAUUGAGAUAUUGUGCUCGUAUUUUCAGAAAUCUCAGUAGAAGUUAUUCUACUGAAAAUUCUCAACCCAACCCAAAUGAACAACCACCUUUGGAACAUACAUUAUCUCAUAAAGAAUUACGUGAACAAGCAAUUGCUGAAGCAUUAGCUAGAGAAGAAGAAGCCAUUUUAAAAACGAAGAAAUUGAGAGAAUUAACUCAAGAAAGUCAAAAUUUGAUAUCAGCAUUAAAUAAAACUCCAACAACUUUAAUUAAUGAAAGAUUAAAUAAAUUACAUGAAGAUUUAUCAAAAUUAUCUCAAGAUAAAAUCAAACAAUUAGAUGAAGAAUUAAAAGAUUAUUUAAAUCAAAAUAUGAUUUUACCUGAUCAUUUAAAAGCUAAUCGUCCAUGGCUUAGAUCAAGUGAUAAUAAUGAGGAUAUAUCCAAAAAAUUGAAAAGUUCAAUAAACUCUGCUUCUUCUUCAGAUUCAAAUCAUACAUCCACUACCACUACAUCAUCUCGAUACACUGAACAAUUCCCAAAUUUGAAACCUACUCCUGAUUAUAAACCUUAUUCUGAACAAGAAUUAUAUAUUAGACAAUUGAAUCAUACCAGAAUAAAUGGAAGAAUAGGGUCUCGUUUAACUCAAGUUUAUAAACCUCAACGUGAUAUCAAUAAUCCACCAAAAUUUGAUAAUACCACCAUAGCCAAAUUAAUGGCCGCUGGAUGUCAUUUGGGUCAUUCAACUUCAUCUUUCCGUCCAAGCAUGCAACCAUUCAUAUAUGGUAUAUAUGAUAAAGUCCACAUUAUUGAUUUAAAUAAAACUUUAGAAAAAUUGACAUUAGCAUGUAAAGUAAUUGAAGGAGUCGUUGAAAAAGGUGGUGUUGUUUUAUAUGUCGGUACUCAUAAAAAUAAUUCAUCAAUUCAAGAAGCAUUAGUUAAAGCUAGUGAAAGAUCUCAUGGUUAUUAUGUCAAUAAGCGUUGGAUCCCGGGUACUAUAACUAAUUACACUGAAGUUACAAAACAAUAUGGUCAAAUUAAAACUAAAAUGGAAGUUGAUAUGAAAGAUCAAAAAAUUACUACCAAAAAUUCUAAUAAAAUUAUUAAACCGGAUUUAAUGGUAUUAUUAAAUCCAGUAGAAAAUAGAAAUUGUAUUAAAGAAUGUAUUUCUGCUGGUAUUCCAACCAUUGGGUUAUGUGAUACUGAUAUGGAACCUUCUUUAUUGACUUAUCCAAUUCCAUGUAAUGAUGAUUCAGUUAGAUCAGUUAAUUUGAUGUUGGGUAUUAUGAGUAAAUCAGCUGAAUCUGGUUUACAAAAACGUAUUUCUGCUGUUAAAAAAUUAGAAGAAAACGAUGGGAAAGUAGUUAAAGCUUAA